UAUAUAUGUAUAUGUAUUAUAAUCUAUGAAAGCAUUUCCCUUGAACCAGAAAACCAUGGCUCUGUCUCUGUCAAGCUUUUCAGUUGCCAUGUCUCUGUUGAUCAUCAUGACCGCUCACUGGACUUGGGUUGUCCUUGGAGAAUCUACCAUUUCGGCUUCUCCUGCAGUUCUACCAUAUGUGAAUGCACCCAAUAUGUCUGAUUUCUUCCCCUCUCCGAGCAGAGAAUGGCCAUUCAGCUCGGCCCAUCCUCCUCAUUCUCAUGCAGAAGCUCCCGCCCCGAGCUCCGGCCAGUUUACAGGCAACUCCCCCGGGCUGAGGCCGGAUUCUUCUUCCUUCUUGUUUCUUCUCACAUUUGGCGGCCUCUGUAGCUUCUUCUAUGCCUUGAUGACUUCUCUUCUCUCUUUACCCUAAGCUUUCAGAUAAAUUUGGUUUCUUUUUCACAUGUUGUAAUCUUGUGGAUCAUAAUAUAUAUAAAAAAAUGUUUUUUUUUUUAAA